GAAAAGGCUUUCAGUAGUGUUGCCAUAAGAUCUCAGCUGAUACAAAAAGGCAACGAACACAUCUUUCCCGACAGAGUACGGGAGAUAUUUCUUUUACAGCUGCUCUUGCUUAUUUGGGUUUGUUUGUAUUUAUCGUUAGUGUCGCACAGCGUCGCCAUCAUGAACGUGACGCUCGCGGUGAAGCAGUACAUCUCCAAAAUGAUCGAAAACAGCGGGCCUGGGAUGAAGGUUCUGCUCAUGGACAAAGAGACGACCAGCAUAGUGAGUGUAGUCUACACUCAAUCUGAGAUCCUGCAGAAAGAGGUUUACUUGUUCGAACGGAUCGACUCUCAGAACAGAGACAGCAUGAAGCAUCUGAAGGCCAUCUGCUUCCUUCGUCCCACCAAGAAUAACGUGGAGCACUUGAUCCAGGAGCUUAGAAGGCCAAAGUACAGUGUCUACUUCAUCUACUUCAGUAACGUGAUCAGUAAAAGUGAGAUCAAAGCUCUGGCUGAGGCUGAUGAACAGGAGGUGGUGGCUGAAGUCCAGGAGUUUUACGGAGACUUCAUCGCAGUGAAUCCUCAUCUGUUCUCCCUCAACCUGCAGGGAGUCGCCAGGGGUCGCAGCUGGGAACCCUCCAUGUUGUCCCGCUGCACUCAGGGUUUGACCUCCGUCCUGCUCGCCCUCAAGAAAUGUCCAAUGAUCCGCUACCAGCUGUCCUCGGACAUGUCCAAACGCCUUGCUGAGAGCGUCAAGCAAAUCAUCACGAAGGAAUACGAGCUGUUCGACUUCAGGAAGACUGAAGUUCCUCCUCUGCUGCUGAUCCUGGACCGCAGUGACGACGCCAUCACGCCGCUGCUCAACCAGUGGACGUACCAGGCGAUGGUCCACGAGCUGCUGGGUUUGAACAACAACAGGCUCGACUUGUCCAGAGUCCCGGGGAUCAGCAAAGACCUGAGGGAGGUGGUGCUGUCUGCGGAGAACGAUGAGUUUUAUGCCAACAACUUGUAUAUGAAUUUCGGAGAGAUCGGCACCAACAUAAAGAACCUGAUGGAGGAUUUCCAGAAAAAGAAACCUAAGGGGCAGCAGAAGCUGGAGUCCAUCAGUGACAUGAAGGCGUUUGUAGAUAACUACCCUCAGUUUAAGAAGAUGUCGGGCACCGUGUCCAAACAUGUGACGGUGGUGGGGGAGCUGUCCCGGCUAGUGUCGGAGCGGCAGCUGAUGGAGGUGUCGGAGGUGGAGCAGGAGCUGGCCUGUCAGAACGACCACUCCAACGCUCAGCAGAGUGUUCGGCGGCUGCUGCAGAAUCCUCGCGUUUCGGAGGUGGACGCCGUCCGUCUCGUCAUGCUUUACGCUUUGAGAUACGAACGCCACAGCAGCAGCAUCCUCCCGUCUCUGAUGGAUGAGCUGAGCAGGAAAGGAGUGUCUGAACGAUAUCGCAAGAUGGUUCAGUCUGUGGUGGAGUACGGUGGAAAGAGGAUCAGAGGAAGUGACCUCAUCACGCCCACAGACGCUGUCGCCAUCACUAAACAGUUCUUUAAAGGACUAAAGGGUGUGGAGAACGUGUACACUCAGCACCGGCCUCUGCUCCACGACACUCUGGACCAGCUGAUUAAAGGUCGACUCAAAGACAGUCAGUUCCCGUACCUGGGAGCCAGCAGCCUCAGAGACAGGCCUCAGGACAUCAUGGUGUUUAUUAUUGGUGGGGCCACGUACGAAGAAGCUCUGACUGUUUACAACCUGAACCGUAACACGCCCGGAGUUCGGAUCGUCCUGGGAGGAAGCUCCGUCCACAACACCAAGAGUUUCCUGGAGGAAGUGAUGUCAGCGACGAGCCACAGCAGCGACAGGGCGCAGGGAAGUAGUCGCUAUAGCAACAGGCGAUGAACACAGAUGCUUCCUGUUGCUCCGUGUCUUCUUCUUUCGCCGAACAAACUGCGCCAUUCCCUACACUUUCCUGUGUCUGCGUGUUUAAAGGAACAGUUCAACACUUCUGUGACACCUUCUGGUUGACGUCUUUAAACAAUCAAGUGUUUUGUUAUAAAGCAGCCGGUGGAGAGAUCAUUAAGAACAGCUCUCAGAAGAACAACUUCCUGCGGUAAAAGUGUUUUCUGACUGUGUUACGGCUGUUUUUAGGUAGCUAAGUCAGUAACAAUUUACUAAAUUCACUGUCAAAUAUCCAAGUCAUGAUUCAAAUAAAAAAAACGAAUGAAAUGAAAAGAUUUCGUGAGUUUAAGAUCAAGGUAUGGGGUCAAAACAAUAGACUAAACCUGUAUGCAUCCUGCCGUGUUUGAUUUGACUCGUAACUCUUUGUUUUUCUUC